AAAAAAACUGUCAUGCUGCCACUGUCAGUUUCAGUUGUUGAAUGCUCUGAAUGGUAAAUUUUACCUAAAAUCUGUUCUCUUGAAGAAGUUAUAUUGUCUUUUCUUUAAUUGAAAUCUUAAAAUGCGUGUACGUAUCAAGAAUUACUUGAAAUAGUGACGUUGAAUAAUUUCCUCGUUACUCGUAAUUUUUUGGACUUGUUUUUUAAGGUUAUUUCGAAGGCAGCGUCAUGGAGGACUCCAGUAAAUACCAACAAAUGCAAGAUGAAAUGUCUAGGUUCGAGGCGGAGAUAUCGGGAACGGAGCUGGCGGUUCGGCCGGUGAUAGGCGCAGGCACGUUCGGUGCCGUACAGCAGCAGCUAGAGCGAGCAGUGCCUAUGAUGCCUCCCUUCGAACAGGCCAUGGCAGCACGCAUGAUGUUUCCCACAGUGCCGCCGCCUCCUCCUCCGCCGUCGAUGAUGGUGCCGGCAUCGGUACAAAGACUUCGCCCCCCCGGAAUGCCGGAUUGUUUCCCGGGUCCGAUGCCGUUCCUCCGGCCGGGGCUGCCAGGGCCACAGUUGAUACCGCCGCCGCCGCCCAAACCCCAGCCCGUGGUGUUAUCUGCUGCACCCAAACUGUACAAACAGCCUAAAGAAGACGAAGAAAAGGAGAAGAAGGACAAAGACAAAGAGAGCAGGAAACGGAAACGUUCCCCGCCGCCGCCGCCGGUAGUUCGCGCGGAGCCUGCGCCGGAGCCCGCGCCGCUGCCGGCGCCGCCGCCCCCGCCCGUCAUCACGCCCGCCGCGGACCCCGCACCGCCCAACAAGCCCAAAAAGGAGAAGAAGAACAGAAAGGUGGUUCGAACAGCCGGUGGCCAAGUUUGGGAAGACGUAACUCUAUUAGACUGGCCCGACGAUGACUUCCGUAUGUUCUGCGGAGACCUCGGCAACGAUGUUACUGACGAGCUUUUGACGCGGACAUUUAGCAAAUACACUUCCUUCCAAAGGGCCAAGGUAAUACGGGACAAACGGACUAACAAGAGCAAAGGGUUCGGCUUCGUCAGCUUCAAGGACCCUGGCGACUUCAUCAAAGCCAUGAAAGAGAUGGACGGGCGAUACGUCGGCAGUCGUCCCAUAAAACUACGAAAAAGCACUUGGAAGAACCGCGCUUUGGACGUUGUACGGAAGAAGGAGAAAGAGAAAGCAGCCUUGCUCUCUCUGCUUAUGUCUAAUAACAAAAGCUGAUAAAGUGACCAAUAGUGUUGUAGCUUACUUUCAUUGCAAUAAUGUUUCAGUGGCAGUGAGUGUUGUUGUCAAAAUAUUUAAAAUGUUGCCAGAAUUUCAGUCAAAACUAGAUAUUAUAUGGUAACAAAAGUUUGUAUUAUAAGUUGUACAUAAUUAUAACUGAAUUUAAAAUAUUACUCUUUUCAUACACAAUAGGGAUGAUGACUAAUUUUUUUUCUUCGUUUAUCAGGUAGAUUAUCAAAAAGUAUUGGACACGUAUUUUUUCUUUUUUCACAUAAUAUAAACAUUGCAGAGAUAUAUUGAUCUGAAAAGUCGCAUGACGUCACGUUUGAGUACACUUAUAAGUGAAAAUUCACUCAAAAGUGACGUCACGAGCCCCCACUCCCAAGCUUUGACGCGCUAUAAUUUUGUCAUUUUUUGGUUGAUUGCCCAAAGAAAAAAUACGUGUCCAUUAUUUUUUGAUCAUCUAACUGACGGACUAAAUAGAAUUUCGUUUACUGUACCCCGUCAUCACCCCUGAAUUAUGAUAUUACAUUGAAUUGAUAUAUCUCAGGGCCGACUAUUACAAAAUUCUCAUAAUUUUUUAUGGGAGAUCAGAUAGAUAGUUACUUAAAUAUUGUUCAUUACAAUGAAAGUAUAAAAAUGCUGGAAAAUUUUAGAAACAUUCGUUGAAGUCGCUUAAAAUAGAUCACAGCAAAAUGUUUUGGUGAAAAUAUGAAUAGUGUCAAAUAAACAUUAAAAAGUGUUCGUCGCACAGAAAAAUAAUUAAGUAUAACUCGUGUCACUAAAGAAACAAAUCGCAAAUUACGACGCAAGACAUUCUAUGCCUAUCGCACAUACUAUCCUAAGUAACGUGCGAGAGGGACAGAAUAUCUUGCGUCGGUAUUUCCGAAUCAUUUCUUUAAAGACACGAUACAACAUAGUUCCAGCCUUGUAUCACGUCACUAGAGAAUAUAAACAGUAUUUUUUUUAAUUUAUCCCACAUAAUCCGCUGAUUAGUAUUCUCGUAUAAACAUUUGAAUACAAUACAUGUAGCAAUAAACACCGUGUGAUUACUCAUUCUGUAUUUGCUUAGGAUAUUAGUUUAUAAUAAAAUAAAUUGUUUAGUAAAAAUG